CAUUACUUUCAGCUUGUUACUUAACAAUGAGAGUCUGGGCAGCUUCUUUAGCAAUCAUUUCCAUAUCAAUGAAUGUCUGUGCACAGUUUGAUGAGUGCAGAUUUUGAAGUAUCAGAAACCAAUAAUGGGCCAGGUCCAUGUAACGGUUUUCCAGAUUAUAAGGAUUUACCUAUAAAUCAAGCUUUCUACCUUGGUGCGCAUAAACAACAACGGUUGCAUAAUGUUGCUCAGAUGUUAAAGGAUGGUAUACGUUAUCUUGAUAUUAAUCUAUGCAAGCAUCAAGGGCAGAUUGUUGUUUGUUCUCGAUAUGACGGUGCACCUUCCGAUCUUGCAUUUACAGAUAUAAUAGAAGAACUAUUUCAAUUUGCAAGAAAUACAGUAGAGCAAAUUCUUAUCUUAAAUGUAGAUGCUGAAAACGUAAAUGAGCCAGUUGAUACGAGGUUGUUGGAGACAAUAAUUGAUGAAAAAUGUAAAAUACAUACAGAAGCUACUGAAGGGACCGAUGAAUUUGUUAGUAAAGAAUGCCCAUUCAUUUACACCCAUAUGCCUGGAAAAUGCCAAUGGCCAUCUAUGGGUGAGCUUGUCAACUAUAAUCCAGAGAUGGCUCAAUGGGAAGGAGAUGGUGAGGUCGUAGGUGUGCGGUCAAAGUUCAUUAUCACAAAGUCUAACCAGAUACAUCCGACACCGAAGUAUUAUCCAACUUAUUUCACGCCCAAGUUUUGGAGAAGCGUACCCAAAGAAAAUUUGAUACCCGAGGAUGGUCUUGUUACGGUUGACCGUAUAAAAAAUGUAGUGAAUAAAGAAUGUAAGUCCCUCAUAAGAGCAGCAGGUGGCGGUGAUGGUAUUGGAAUGGAAUUACACGGCCUCUCUACCGCUUUCAAUAAAAAUGAAGUUGAUCCACAACACCAGCAAGUGAUUAUUGAAGAUAUUAUUGCUGGCAAAGCAGGAUGUAACAUUGAUGAUUUCCCGAUGAAUACUUAUUUCACAUUUGUGUCAUUUGACAAUUAUAAUACGAUAACACCUUACUUAAGAGAACUUCAAAAACGUAUGAUGAAAGUUAACUAUUCAAAAUGGAAACAAGAACAUACAACAUUAGAGCCAUCACGAUUGAUUGCUGAAGGAAAUAUAAAACAGAAAGUACAACGUGACGAGCUUUAGAGCGACAUUAGUACUAUGAUUGUCAUUAUCAUCAUCAUCAACAUUGAAAAAUUGAACUGAAUGUAUCUUUAUCUAUAUAUGUAUAUAUGAAGUAUAAAGGAGUUGUAUUUUAUACUGCCUUCAUUUACAUCCGUUAUCAUACAGUAAAAAUAUUGUGUAGUAAUGUAUAUGUUGUAGUAUUAAAGAGAUUAAAUUACAUCUUCAUCAUCACUGAAAAAGUAACAACAAUGGCCCUCAUUUGAAGAAUACUUACAGUUUGAUCAUUUAGUUUGCGAAAUAACGAGGUUCGU